AACCCAGAAAAGCUUUGCUAACCCAGCAAUUGAAACCCUUCCAAACCAACCAAAUCCAGAAUUGCUCCUUCUCCUCCUCAAACCCAGAAUUGGAACCCCCAGAAAGUAACAAACACAAGAAGAAGAAAAAAAACGCAUGCAUCCUAAUCCUUCUCCCACCGUGGCCGCUAGUCUCGCACCGAACCUUUUACUCGUUGAUCUCCAACUAGCCUUAGACUUGUCAUUCUCGGCCUUAGACUCGUCAAUCUUUGUCUCGGGCACCUUCUCCUCCUACAUCCGCAGCCUCACCAUCAGCCCCCACCUCGCGGAAACCCCUUCAUUUGCCGAAGCAAAACCUACAAAAAAAUUUUUUUUAAACAAGACUGGUCCAAUCAAUGCUCUCACCGGAACUCUCCUCCAUCACGGGCUCUCGAUCCGCCCAUCACCUCUUGAGCUCGGCGCCAUCGUCGCAUGUCAAUCUCUCUGCCCAUCGCCUCUCGAUCUAUCCACCCCUUACCUCUUGAUCUCUCUGCCAUCGUCGCCGGAUAUCGGCAAUCAUUGCCCUCUCAAUCUCUCUGCCAGCAUCGCUGGUUAUCGCAAGAGGAGGCAGCUAGCGGCGGUCUUUUUGAGAGAGGAAGGAAGAGAUGAAAGCUUCGUCUUCUUUGAGUGUAAGGAGUAGGUGAAGGGUCGUUUUUUGGAGAGAACAAAGAAGGGGAGAAAAGAAGGGAAGUUUAAAAGGGGAAGAAAGAGUAAAUGGGGUGAGAUAAAAGAGGGACGAGGGGCGGACGUUUCAGUUAGAAUUUUAGGGUUAGGUGAUUUUUUUAAUGGUGAGAAGGGAGAAUUUUCAAAUUUUUAUGGGGAAAGUUUUGGCAGAAAAGGAAAUUUUUGAGCCAUAAUUUUUUUUCAAAUGGGCGAUUAAAUAUUGGAGCCAUAAAUUUUUAGGGGACAGUUAAAAUUGGGCGGGACUGAAAUUUUUAUUGUGUGGUGAUGUUUUUUUUUGUUUUUUUAUGCUGAACACAAGCAAAUAUGACGAAAAUGCCUUUUGUCAAAAAUGAAACCACUAUAUUAUGACGAACAUGUCUUUUGUCAAAGCCGGAACCACUAUAUUAUGACGAACACGUCCUUUUGACAGCUCCUCGUGGGAUUAUUUCUAUCUAUUGUGACAAAAUAUUUUGUCAUUUAAACAAUUUAGGAAGACAUAAUAUGACAAAAGCUAUUCUCACGAUAUAAUUUGUCACUUUUCUGUAUCUUACAUUCCGAUAUGGGAUGCCUAUUGUGACAAAUUUAAUUAUGACACAAAAUAUUUGUCACAUCACUCACUUUAAAUGACGAAUUAUUCUGACAACAAUUUUUUUUGUCACAUUAGACAUACCAAAUAGGACAUAUAUUAUUUUUUUCAUAUCACCGUACCUAUUGUGACAAAUAAAAAAUGACAAAAUAAAUUUUUUGUCCUAAUAGGCCAAAUCUGUUGUAGUGUCCUUUUAUACCCAGAUCGCAUGCUUGUCACGGUCUCAGAGCACGAUCGCUUCUAGAAGUUCAGACCUUGAUCUCAUACAAAAUUUUGUCGUUUUAUUAAUUAAAGGUCUUCACGGUCUCUAGGAGAUUAUCAAGGUUAUCACAGUCUCGCGACCGUGAUGUUAUUUAGGCCUGCGAGGCACAAAAAUUGCUCAAGUCUCCUUGCACUUCACGGUAUGGGCCUCUUUAUCACAAUCGGCCUAACCAUGAUAAUCGUGCUUCCACCGUGAUCCUCGGAUUUUUACUUCCUUCGAUCCGCUUUCGCCCACUUUCGUUCAAAUUUUUCUCCCAAAGUCAAUAUCACCUGAAACAUGCUGGAAACAUGCACAACCUAGCGUAAAAUCGAACCUCAAGCGACGUAAACGCCUCAAAUGCCUCAAGAACAUGGGGUGAAAACGUUGUACAAUCCUGAUGCGCAUAUUAUUAUUGAACAACGAUGUACGUACAACGUGGCGAGUAAAGAUGCCAAUAUACCCGACUAGGCAAAAUUGUAUAAGCGCAUCAUCUGGUAACCUUGGAUCACACCCUCGACUUCUAGCACAUACGAGCUGCCGAUUUCUUAUUUCAUUAGAUCCCACCUUGUGUCGAAGCAUUUACCCAAACUAGAUGGAGACAAGAACCCUUCAUAUUUCUCCCUUGAGGCAUCACGUCGUUAAAUCGAGCAUGACUGCUAUAUCUAUUUCCAUCCAAAACGACUUGGAUUUAUAUACUUGCUCCUCGAAGGAGUGCAAGAUGGACUUAAGAUCUCAUCGAAUUGAAAAAUAAAGAAAUAUAUGAAAUCAGACAUCACACAUAUGAAAUAAACACAAUCGUAUUAAACCAAACAACGAGUUUACAUGGUUAGAAUUGUAAAUUUAAAAAGGGAAAAUGAACUUCUUUUACAAAAAUUACAAUGGAGAUUCUAUGUCGUGGAAUUUAGGUCGUCGACAAGAGAAGAUGUAACGGGAAGCAAUAAUAAUAAUAAUAAUAAUCAUAGAUAUUGAUUAUUAUGAGUAUAUAUAUGCUUUAAAAUUAAAAGGAAAUGAAAUUGUGCAAAAUUU